CUGGUGGAGUUUAAACAGAUCCCCCCUUUUGCAUGCGGGGGGUGGGUGCAUAGAAGAAGAGCCUUUAAUAUUUCCAAGGGGUGUUUUCUUUUUGAGAGAGAUUCCUCCUCCUUUUGCUGUUGUGGGAGAAUGUGCUGGAGACGAGCGGAGUCCUUGGUUGGGGUUGGGGAGGAAGGGGACGCUUCUAAUUCCUAGGAGUUCGUGGGGAACGGAGAGAUUGUCCCCUCCCUCUUUUGCUGAGGGGCGCGUUAUGUGGUUCCUUGGUCUGCUGGGGGGAAACAGAGGGAGGAGAAGGGAUUGUGGGGGAGAAAGAGGGGAGGACGAGAAGCUGCGGCCGCGCCGACGGCGGGUGAUUGACAGGCGGAGCCUCUUCGGGCCGGGCGCUGCUAAUUGCAGGUGCUUCGGGGCGGCGACGUCGAAGGAGGAGGAGGAAGGAGAAGCCGCCGCAGCCGCCGCUCCACGCGUUGGCGAAGCGAGUCCCGACCGGGAGCGCAGCGAUCGCCUCGAGAGCCGCUUUUCCGAGCCCCCCCCCUCUCGCCCCCCCCGCAAAUUGCGCCAUUAACCAGCCCCUCCGGCGCUUCCUCCUCCUCCUCUUUCAUUUUUGAUCGACGCCGUCUCUAUGGCCACUCCAAAGUUGGGCUGCAUUGUCUGGCCGAGGCUUAUAUAGGGUGUGGGGGGGAGAGACGGCAUGGAGCCCCGCCACCGCCGCCGCCGCUGCGGAUAGGGCGCCUGCUGCCGCUGCCUGCGCGCGUCUUGCGGCGGCCAGAGCCCAGCGCGGCCCCAGCAGCAGAAGCCCGGGUGCCGGCGUUCGCCUUGGCGCAUGGCCCAGGCCGACGGACAGGCGCUCCCGGGCGCCCUGGAGAAGGAGGAGGCGCGCUCGGGCGCCAGCACCCCAUCCACGCCGUCUGUCUGCUCGCCUCCCUCCUCGGCCUCCUCCUCCCUGCAGUCGUCGGGGACCAAGAACGUCUGCUCCAGCUGCGGCCUGGAGAUCCUGGACCGGUACCUGCUCAAGGUGAACAACCUUACCUGGCAUGUCCGCUGCCUGGAAUGCUCCGUCUGCCGGACCUCCCUCCGCCAGCAAAACAGCUGCUACGUGAAGAACCAGGAGAUCUUUUGCAAGAUGGACUAUUUCAGCCGGUUUGGGACAAAAUGUGCUCGCUGUGGGAGGCAGAUCUACGCCAGCGACUGGGUCAGGCGGGCCCGUGGGAAUGCUUACCACCUGGCUUGCUUUGCCUGCUUCUCCUGCAAAAGGCAGCUGUCGACCGGAGAGGAGUUCGGGCUCGUGGAGGAGAAAGUCCUGUGUCGGAUUCACUAUGACACCAUGAUUGAGAACCUCAAGCGGGCGGCGGAGAACGGCAACGGCAUCACCUUGGAAGGGGCGGUCCCGUCUGAGCAAGACAGCCAGCCGAAGCCAGCCAAAAGGGCCCGGACGUCUUUCACCGCCGAGCAGCUGCAGGUCAUGCAGGCUCAGUUUGCUCAGGAUAACAACCCGGAUGCACAGACCCUCCAGAAGCUGGCAGACAUGACGGGGCUGAGUAGGAGAGUCAUUCAGGUUUGGUUUCAGAACUGCAGAGCGCGGCAUAAAAAGCACACUCCGCCACAUGCGGUGCCCUCGUCCGGGGCCUCCCAGGCCCGGAUCCCCUCGGCGCUCCCUGACGACAUCCACUAUUCUCCCUUCGGCAGCCCCGAGAGGGCCAGGAUGGUGACGCUCCACAGCUACAUAGAAAGUCAGGUACAGUGUGGGCCCAUGCACUGCCGGCUCCCCUAUGCCGCCCCACCGGUGCACCUCAAAGCCGACCUGGAAGGACCCCUGUCGAGCAGGGCCGAGAAGGUCAUCCUGUUCCAGUACUGAUGGCGGGCGCUCUCCCUGGGAUGCUGCUGGUCCUCCGCCGUGCGACCUGCGAGAGACCGGGGCUGCCGAGAGGCAAGACCCCCCGCCCCCACGGCGCCCUUGGCCCUUUUUCCCCAGUUGGGCAUCUCGGUGGUCUCGACCAGCCUGGCACCUCUGCCAGCCUCUGCAUCAGGCGGUAUGUGUCAGCUCUUCUUUCUUGUGGGCCGUCCGGCCGGUGGAGACUCCUGGGCAGUGCUCUGUUGGGUGGAAGAGACCAACUGUUGGUGCGGCUGCUGCUCCAGGGACUUGGGGAAGGGGAGCGUUGGAGGCCCAGCAGAGGAGCUCUGUCAGCUACCAGUUAACCACACCGAGGAGAGAAACGGAGACUAAAGGACUUGUCCUGCCGUGCUGAGUGCCGGAAUUCAGUCUUCUGAUCCACCUGCUCAGCCUUCAGAUGGAAAGCCAGAAGCCACCAGCUUGCUUGGAGACCGUGCAAAAGUCAACAGUAGGGACGCUGGCCUGGUGUCAUUCAAGAGCUCAUCAACCCCCAGGGUAUCUUGACUGUCUCUCGGGGAAAUUGUCCGUCUGCUCUCCCAAAAGGCAGGGCUUUGGGGAGGGCAGGUUAUGCUGCACUCUGCAGUUCUGAAAACCAAACUUGGAAGAAUCCAUUCUAGAGCAAACCAUCAUGUACACUUCCAACCCAACUGACCAGCACGAGAGAGAGAGAGAGAGGAGAUCUUUCUAAUUCCUAGGAGCCAGAGCCAGAUUUCCAGCCCCUGCACAGAGUCGAGGAAAUAUUUAGAAUCUUUGGUGCCAGCAUGGAACUUAUAGGAGCCGGGGUGACCAGGUGCCUGGGAUUUUGGUUUUGUUUCACUACUGUAAAGAUGGUUGGCAAAACUGGAUUUCAGAUCUAGGAGCUCUUCAGAUCUAGGAGAUUUCAGAUCUCCUGCUGCGAGUUUCUAGAGAACAGGGAGUCUUUUUUCUUUGGGUUGUGUAUUGGGAAGCCUUUCUCCUGUGUCUUCAAAGCAGGGUUUCCCAACCUGGGCCCCAGAUGUUGUUGGACUACAACUCCCAUCAUCCCCAGCCAAAGGCUGUUGUGGCUGGGGAUGAUAGGAGUUGUAGCCCAUGUACAUCUGGGGACCCAAAGUCAGGAACCUCUGUUUUAAACCACAAUGUGAAAACUGGGAAACUGUGAUUCCACUUGUGUGCAGCAGCCACGGUUGGUAACAGAACGGGCGCUGUAGGAAGUAGACCUGCUAGGCACUCCCAAUCAUGCUUACUCAGAAGUCCCCCUGAGCCAAACAGAGCUGGCUUUCUGGCCUGUGUGCAGAGGACUGCUGCCUUCAUCACAGGCCCAGCAUGCACUGUGGGCCAGACUGGGCAGGAUAUCGGGAGAGCGGGGACUGCUUCUCCUAUUCUCUCGGAGGGUUGUUAACAGUAAAAGCAGCCACGAGAGGAAGCCGGGUCCGUAUCAGGGCAGAGUUCAUUGUUUUGUUUUUAAAACUCACCCGUGUACCAUUCCCCCAGCUCUGAAUCCUCCGUGUCCUUACUGAAGCUCGUUGUCCCAGGGGGUGGGAGGGCGGGCGGGGAGGGGACGGACAUAAAGCCACCGUGUGUGCGGGCCAAUUAAUCGAGCAGCCCAGAGGUGAGAAGGGGGCCAGGGCAGGGCAGACAGUUGCAGGCCACAGAUAAAUCUCCCGCACACGGAGGACGGGAACCUCCGUCAGCCCUGCAGGAAGCCUCAGGCUGUUUUCCCUGCAUGAAUGUCAGGAAACGGCCAGGACCCUCCGUCGUCGUCGGUUGUUUCAACUUGAGAAUCUGGGCUUGGCCAAGCAGCUCUGCAGCCCUGGAAACAAUUCAUCAUUAGCUAUAUGAUGUCUCUGGAAAACUCACGGCUGCCCCAACCAGAACGCAAAACCUCUUCUCGCCUCUUUGGCCCAGCCACUUGGUUAGCCAGCGUCUUUCACAAUGAUGGAUGGCAUCUAACCAAACCUUCUCUCAGGUCAUCUUCCGUCUGGGUACAGUUUACUCUGGACAAAGGCGCUCUUCACGGUGACUUUGCCUGUCCAGUAAUUGCCAGACAGGUUCUUCUGCCCCCGCCCUGCCCCCCCGCCGCAAACAGGAGGCUCUCCCCUGACCCAGCGAGUUCUUCUGAUGGGCACGCAGUGAUGCCGAAGGGGAUGUCUGGAGCUCCACACAAGCAGGGGCUUCUCCAUGCACUCCGCUCUGACGGAGAACGCCCUGUGGCUGGAAGGGGGAAGCCCCUGCCCUCGCAGUGUGGGGUCUGUGGGGUACACACUGGGACCCUUCUGGCACCCAGGAGUCUGCCCCCCAGCUCAGUGGCCCUCCCUGGUUCUUUCCCAGCCCUGCCUGGAGAUACUGCCGGGGACUGAACCGGGGCCCUUCUGCAUGUGCAGUGAGCUAUGGCCCUUCUCCUCUGGCUCCAGAACUUUGGAAUGUAGAAUUUUUUAGAAUCCUCCAGCCCCCACCAUUUUGGGCUAAAAUCCAUCUCAAAAGUCUCCUGGCAGCCAACACACUGAGCAAUCUGAAACCUAGUUCCUACAUUGUCAUAGAUUGCCCACCCUCACCCCCAAACCCUACGGCAUUAAACCCUCAAAGGCUUGGCUAACGCCCCAGUUCUAAGGUCCUGAGUGACACCAGCAAAGAAUAGCCUAGGCUGGCCUGGACACAUCCCUGUGCAAAGGCAAAACCAGGUAUCGGUCACAGAACUUGGCAUCUAGAGAACAUCUGUUUUGAUGUUUAGAAGCUCAAGUUUCUAGCCCUGAAGACUCGGAAAGUAAUUGUGAAAUCUUGUGAAACCUCAGAGAGUGGAGAAGGGAUGAAGGAGGACUUGUGGUGGCUGGCGAGGCGUGAGGCUUUGGAGACAGGCAUCAUCCCUGGCCCCAAAGGAAUCAUGCAAAUGUGAUCUGCAUCGUUUAUACUGGCUGCAGGGGCUUGAUGGGGCUUUGGAAGCCAUCUCCCCUCCUCCUCCCUGUGACACUCAGCUUAGCGCCGCGCUCCAGGACGGGGACCAUUUGGGACUGGGGUGUGCAGUCUGGGCUCCAGACGGCAGAGGCACCGGCGAGUGGUCGGUGCAGCCGGGCCUGGCGAAGCAAUGCCAGCUGUGGACACUUUAGCCCAGUUUGUCUUGAAAAAGCGCUGAUUGUUUUGUUCGUAGCACGUCGCAAGGGUGCGUGUCUUGGCUACAAUGGCGAGAAAUGCCCUUCUGAAGAGCAGGCUGUCAAGACCGAUAUUUAUUUAAAAA